CUUUUCUUUUCUUCCUCCGCCUCCCCCCACCCGACCUCCCUGCCCCCCUCGAGAAACUCCCAGCAACAAAGGAAAGUUUUAAAAGAGUUGCAGCCGGAGCGACGGCGAGGACGAGGACGGCGGCUUCGCCCGCCCCUCGGCAGCCGGGGAAGCACAGCCAUGGCCACGCAGGUGAUGGGGCAGUCUUCCGGAGCGGCAGGUCUGUUCAGCGGCGGCGGCGGCAUGGGCAUGGCCUUGCCUGGCGACAUGUACGACCUGCACGAGCUCUCCAAGGCCGAGCUGGCCGCGCCUCAGCUCAUCAUGCUGGCCAACGUGGCCUUGACCGGGGAAGUGAGCGGCGGCUGCUGUGACUACCUGGUUGGCGAAGAAAGGCAGAUGGCGGAGCUGGUGCCCGUGGGAGAGAGCAACUUCUCGGACAGCGACGGCGAGGGCGAAGGGCUGGAGGAGGCCGCCGAGGUCAAGGGCGCGGCCGCGGCCAGCGGGCUGGCGGACAUGGAGCUGGCCGCGCCGCUCGGCGAGGUCGAGCCGCCGCCUGAGCCCGUCUUCGAGGCGCCCGCGGCUCCGGCCCCAGAAGCGUUCCGCGCGGACAAGGAGGCGCCCGGGCCCGGCGAGGAGCGCGGCAAGGCGCCCAAGGCCAAGCCCUUCCGCUGCAAGCCGUGCCAGUACGAGGCCGAGUCGGAGGAGCAGUUCGUGCACCACAUCCGCGUGCACAGCGCCAAGAAGUUCUUCGUGGAGGAGAGCGCCGAGAAGCAGGCCAAGGCCCGCGAGCCGGGCGCCGAGGAGGGCGACUUCUCCAAGGGCCCCAUCCGCUGCGACCGCUGCGGCUACAACACCAACCGCUACGACCACUACACGGCGCACCUGCGGCACCACACGCGCGCCGGCGGCAGCGAGCGCGUGUUCAAGUGCGUCAUCUGCACCUACACCACGGUCAGCGAGUACCACUGGCGCAAGCACCUGCGCAACCACUUCCCGCGCAAGGUCUACACGUGCGGCAAGUGCAGCUACUUCUCGGACCGCAAGAACAACUACGUGCAGCACGUGCGCACGCACACGGGAGAGCGCCCAUAUAAAUGUGAGCUUUGUCCUUACUCGAGUUCUCAGAAGACUCAUCUAACUAGGCAUAUGCGCACCCAUUCAGGUGAGAAACCAUUUAAAUGUGACCAGUGCAGUUAUGUGGCCUCUAACCAGCACGAAGUGACCCGCCAUGCAAGACAGGUUCACAAUGGGCCUAAACCUCUUAACUGCCCUCACUGCGACUACAAAACUGCGGAUAGAAGCAACUUCAAAAAACACGUCGAGCUGCACGUUAACCCGCGGCAGUUCAAUUGCCCCGUGUGUGACUACGCAGCUUCCAAGAAGUGUAAUCUGCAGUACCAUUUCAAAUCUAAGCAUCCUACCUGUCCUAACAAGACAAUGGAUGUCUCAAAGGUAAAGCUAAAGAAAACCAAAAAGCGGGAGGCUGACAUGCAUGACAACAGUAUCACCAAUGAAAAAACAGAAACAGAGCAGACAAAAAUCAAGGGGGAUGUGACUGGGAAGAAAAACGAGAAGUCUGUAAAGAUGGAGAAAAAAGAUACUUCAAGAGAGAAAAAGCCUUGUGGCAGCAUCUCGGUGGUCCAGGUGACCAGAACCCGCAAAUCAGAGACUAAAGAGACGGAGGUACCCUCAGGAAAUGACAUCUCAGUGGCCCAGGUUAUCAGGACUCGCAAGUCAGCGGUGGAGACUAAAGAGAUGGCGGCACCUUCAGGAAAUAGUGUCUCUGUGGUUCAGGUGACCAGAACCCGGAAGUCAGCAGCAGAGACGAAAGAGAUGGAGGCAGCUUCAGGAAGCAGUGUCUCGGUGGUCCAGGUGACCAGGACACGUAAGUCAGCCGUGGGGACUAAAGAGAUGGAGGCACCUUCAGGAAACAAGUCAGAAAAAGUCUGCAAAACCAGGAAAAACAAGAGAAAAGCAGAAGCCGAAGCCCAUUCCUUGCCAGACCCUGUGAGUGAGGCGCCCACAGCAAGAAAGAAAAAGAGGAUAGAAAACAGAUCCAGAAACAGUCCAGAUGUGCCAAAGCGUUACAGCAAAAUGGAAAGGAAAAAAGUGGAAAACAAGAAGCAAAAUACCUGCUUUAAAAAAGGUGCAAAGAAGAAAGCUCUGAAAAAUAAAUCAAGUAAAGGUAGCAGCAAGUCUGCGCAGAAGGUACCUCCGCGCAGUGAGCCUGCCCAGGCAGAGCUGUCUUCCCCCGGGGAGCCCACGCGGGUGGAGACCCAGGCAGAGCUGUCUCCCCCCGGGGAGCCCACGCGGGUGGAGGCCCAGGCAGAGCUGUCUCCCCCCGGGGAGCCCACGCGGGUGGAGGCCCAGGCAGAGCUGUCUCCCCCCGGGGAGCCCACGCGGGUGGAGGCCCAGGCAGAGCUGUCUCCCCCCGGGGAGCCCACGCGGGUGGAGGCCCAGGCAGAGCUGUCUCCCCCCGGGGAGCCCACGGGGGUGGAGGCCCAGGCAGAGCUGUCUCCCCCCGGGGAGCCCACGCGGGUGGAGGCCCAGGCAGAGCUGUCUCCUCCCGGGGAGCCCACGGGGGUGGAGGCCCAGGCAGAGCUGUCUCCUCCCGGGGAGCCCACGCGGGUGGAGGCCCAGGCAGAGCUGUCUCCUGGGGAGCAGGCUGGAGCAGGAGGGCCUGCUUUCAUGGAGGUUGUGUCAGCAGCAGAGACUCUGCAGAUGGAAACACCUGCCCCCAUGGAGAUUGUUCCAGCAGCAGAGACUCUGCAGAUGGAAACACCUGCCCCCAUGGAGAUUGUUCCAGCAGCAGGGCCUCCUCAGGUGGAGACACCUGUCCCCAUGGAGAUUGUUCCAUCAACAGGGUCUCCUCAGGUGGAGACACCUGUCCCCAUGGAGAUUGUUCCAUCAACAGGGUCUCCUCAGGUGGAGACACCUGCCCCCAUCGCGCCUGUUCACAUGGCGGUGGCCCAGGUGGUUCCUCCUCCUGUCAUAGAGCCUCCUGUUCACAUCAAGCCCACCACCAGAAGGUCAUCUCCCCGAAAAGACAAUAAAAAGGAAAAGUUGGACAUUGAGAGUGAGAUGGCAAGGCAGGAGCAGGUUCUCAUUGAGGUUGGCUUGGUGCCCGUUAGAGAGAGCCGGCUCACAAGGGCGCGGGCGGCCUCGGGCGCGUCAGCAGUGCUGUCAGCGGCAGCUGGGGGCGAGACCACCCGAGACCACGCGCUGCCCUCCGAAGGUGAUGGGGCGAGAGCAGGAGCAGAAGAGGCGGGGGAAGCCCCAGCUGAUGGCACAGCUUGCCUGCAGGCUACCAGUGACCUUCCCUCUGAGAAGCCCCCCAGUAUGCCAGAGGGGGAGCCAUUGGGCGGGAACUGUCAGAGGGACUCGACCACGCUCGGGGCAGUGACCGCCGAGCAGAACACAGCAGAGACGGCCCCUGGUGAAGACUCAGCGCCGGGACCAGACACAGCACUGCAUCUUUCCUCGCCAGUAGCGGCAUGUGACCCAGGGUCCCAAGCUGUUCUGGCGUCACCUCCUGCUACCGCGGCAGGGAAUGAGUCUCAGGAAAUUGACGAAGAUGAAGGCAUCCACAGUCAUGAUGGAAGUGACCUAAGUGACAACAUGUCAGAGGGUAGUGACGAUUCUGGGUUGCAUGGGGCUCGGCCAGCUCCACAAGAAACUAGUUCAAAAACUUCAAAGGACACAUUGGCAGUCAAAGUGACUGAGGGAGAUUUUGUUUGUAUUUUCUGUGAUCGCUCUUUCAGAAAAGAAAAAGAUUACAGCAAACACCUCAAUCGCCAUUUGGUGAAUGUGUACUUUCUAGAAAAAGCAGCGAAGGGGCAGGAGUGAUUCAGCCUUGGACGAGUGCAGUUCAGUUUUUGAGACUGUUAGUUUUAAUUUGUUCAUAGUAGACAAACCCACGGUUGCUUUAAUGGUGUCCACUGUUGAUUUGUAAGUGCUCUUCCCUUUGACUUUGCCUGUCUGUCGAUUGAUGUAUAAAUUUUAGCAAAUCCAAGGGAGUUAAUGUAAUCAAACCAGCAGAUGGGAAAUCUGGUAGCUUGUGCAGCCAGGUGGAAUGAGAAAGCAAGAUGGCAGAAUAGCUUCUGUUUCUGUGACUGACGUCUCUUUCACUUUAGUUUCUGUUUUUAUUUAGUUCGGUGUUUAGUGCUAUAAAAAUUGGCUUAAUAGCAAAUUACUUGAAAAUAUUGCCUGCUUUACAUAAAGUUAGCACUUUAAGGUUUCUUAGAGAUGAGAAGAAGACAUGUAAAUUGAAGAAAAACUCUCCCAACAAUGGACAGUGUAGGUGUUUGCUUCCUGGCAUAUGAUCAAUAUUUUGUAUUUCUAUGUUAAUCAUCAUAAAAAGUGAUUUCCUUUUUUUUUUUUUUAAUUUUGGUGCUUUACUGGCUUAAGAUGUUGCACAUUGUUUUUUUAACCUAUGCAGUUAAUUUUUUUGUAGUAAUAGCAUUGUGUUGAAUAGUAACACUUGACUAUAUAUAUAUGCAUGCUUAUUUUUGCCUUUUUGGAGGAAUGCUCUGUAGCUUGUUGCAAAAGGGCAGUUUUCUUUUUCUUGGCUGCAAUUCUUUUCGUAGAACAAUAGUAGUGUGUGUAAGUUUGCGAGCAGCUGGAACAUGCAGGCUCAAUCCAUGGGUCUUAAUUUUCCCAUCUAUGCCAGAAUCUGUUUCGUGUAAGUUAUUUGAAUGGACAUGGAAUUCCACAGCUCUCCAUUUUAAUUUUGCAGUAAGUAGCCAGUAGAUUUCCACUUGGAACAAGCAACUUCUAAGUGUUAAGUCAUACCUUUAAAGAAAGCUUCUCCUCAGUAAUGGUUGGUGUCCAUACGGCUGCUCUGAGUAGGGGGCUGCAUGUGAUGCUUGGAAGCAACAAACCUGGAACUGGAGACAGGACCCUUGAGGCGGCUGGGCUGUCAGCUCCAGGGCUCUGUGGUCGUCCUGUAGCAGACCUGGGAUGAGAAGUGGUAUUGAGUCUGGCAAGCAGCUGCAACUUCCUUUGAGUGCAUGAAAAACUGGUGUUGUGUACAUCCCAGAUCUCAAGACUCACACUUUCUCAGGGAUCUCCACAAGCUAGUGGGUGUCCCGGCUGUCCCUGCGAAAGAGCCUCUGAACGGGGAGGCCGGCAGUGAAAAGCGGUGGUCAUGCUGCACGGGGCACUCGAACACGGCAAGCUCUCCAAAACUGUUCGGUGGGUUCUGGGGCCAGUUGCCAGAGCGUGGAAGGGUCCAAGAUUGGAUUCUUCUUACUGGUAAGAGUUGGUCAUUGCAAGUGAAAGGAAGUGUGAUCCUAAUAGGGAAGCUGGAGAUUCUGACUGCUGACGUUAUUUCAUUUAUUUUCUUUUACCUGGUGAUCUCUGAGGUAAAUCUCAGAUUUUGGCAGUACAACAUGGAAAGAUUAGGGCAAGCAUUAGUGUGUGGAUGAAAAACUUGGUGAGAAAAUCUGAGAGUGCAGUUUGCAUCAAAAGCUGGUUGGACUUGGCAUUGACUGGGAGGCCAAAGACUUGCAGAAGCAGAAGACUGUCAAGGUGUGAGCUGUGUGGUGAGGUGUGUGCUGUGUGUGUGUGGAUGAGUGUGUAAGUGCUGAAUCCUAGGCUCCGACAAUCAAUGUCAGCGGAGAUCAAGCUGCAGAUAUUUAUGUUUUUAAAACUUUAAAUUAUAAAGCUAGUUAAGUUUUUUUCUAACAACUAGUUUUUAUGUUCAUGAGUGCAUUUUACUUACGUUACCUUUUACAUGAUACUGAAAACAAUUGGGUUGGAGAUUGAAGUUGGUUUGGGGAAAGAGGUUUUUGUGGAUUCUUUCAUAUGACAAAGGAAGAUACAAUGCCUUUUGGGAAUUGAACUAAUUUUAAUCUAGUCUGUAAGACUAGAAAGCAAAAGGAAAUUGCAACCUAAAUUGGUAUUUUAAAACAUUGUUACCUGAAAUUGAUGUGGACUUCCUUCAGAAAACAUGGACUUGGGCAUCAGGCCUACAUUAGGUUCUGAACCUCAACGCCAUGUGUUCGUACUUAGUAAGAAUUGUUUCAGUGAAAAAUGUAUUAGUAAUCGGACUUUGAGUCCAGUUGGAGUUCUUCCAUUUGAGAAAAUGUGGUAUUUGCAUGCAAUUGUUUGAAUCUUGUUCUCUAGUCUUACCUACUCCUAUAGAUUGAAGCUGGAAUUUUCCCUUUUGAUAAAGGAACAAAAAAGCGCAUGGUAUUUGUACAUUAAUGUUUAGUAACUAAUGAUAAACUUGAAAUGGUAGAAUAUGUUAUCAGCCUAAUCCUAAGUAGUCUUAUGAAAAUGUAUCUCUUAAUUAUUUUUGAACCUGUAUUCACAUUGUUUUUUCAAGAUAUCUUAAGUUAUAUUUUUUUCUUUUUUUCAGAGCUGCUUAUUUUGGGGCUACUUUUUUUUUUUUUUUAAGUUUUGCGCGGCGUAAUUCGUCAGGGGCUGCGUCCUUCCGAUGAGACUUCUGACAACUGUAGCGGAUGUUUUGCUCUAGUCUUCCAAGGGUCAUUCUGUUCACAUCUAAAGUCAUGUGCUCAGUAACUUUGGGGACUAUUUUGCAUGAGUGUUAAUACAAUUUAAAACCCAGUUGACCUCAUUGCAUGUCACCCUAUGAAUGCUGACAAUGGAAGGAAUGCCUUGCCUGUAGUAUACUGUUACUUUUGGACUGAAAAGCUAGAAAAGAAACUUAAUUUUCUUCUUUGUGUAAAUCAAGAUGGUCUAGAGUGUCCUGGAUGACCUCGGCAGAUGCAGUGAGCUGAUAGUGUUGGGAUCUCCAUUUGGGUAGAUUUACAAUCUACAAGCAAUAUUAACUAGACCUGACAGCUUUCACAGUUCCACAAGUACACAUAGGCUUCCCCACCUCCUUGCACACUCACUGGUUACUGAACUUUUAAACUGGUAUUGUAACAACAAUGUUUUUGCGCCAAUUUUAUAAACUUUUACAGUGCAAUAUGUUACUUUUCUGAGGCAAACCAAAGGUCUAUUUCUCAAGGUUCUUGCUGCAUCUUUGGCAGCAUUUGAUGGAGGAUCUUUUAUACACUUGUAAUAGAUAAAAAAAAAAAAAAAAUAAACCAGAUUGCAGUUUUUGUUUUUUAAUCGUAAACCAUGUACCAAGUUUCUGGUCAAGAUUAUGUAGGGUAAGUUAAACUUAAUUGCAUUCUAUUAACCAAUAUGAGUGUAUUUCUUAUGCAUAGUUAUGUUGAAAUAAAGUUUGAAAAGCA